GUGGUGGUGGUUGUUGGUUGAAAUUCUGUUCUGCUUCCUCUUCAUAUUGCUGAGAGUGAGCGGGCUCUCUUGCUCUCGCUCUCGUCGUGUGCGUAUUUUUACCCAAGUACCUAAGACCAAUAAAUAAAAAAAAAGCCAGAUCGAUGUUGAUGCCGCGGUAUUCCGAGCAGGACAGCCAUAGCGAUAAUAGUUUUGCUGGUAAGCACGGCCACGCCUCCACCACGGUGGCCGCCCACACGAAAAUGCGUUUGCUUAGCAAGGUGGAGCAAAACAUGCGCCAGAAUCAACAGAAUAAUCCGAAUCAGAAUUCUGGCCAAAAUCAAAGCAUCAACAAGCUAAUCCACACCGCCGCCACGGGCAACGGUCUGGUAGGCGAUGUGGACGAGCUAUUGACGCCCAUGCGCAUUAAGGCUCAGGCGCCGCAAGCCAUGGCAGCUGGCAUAGCCAAUGGGAGUGGCAGUGGCUGCAGCAGCGCCGGCGAAAGCGGUGGCAAGGAGACGCAUUCACGACCAGAGCGCAACCUGUGGAGCCGCGCCGAGAUGCUCGAGAUGCUGAAUAUAAUGCAAGAGAUGAACGCCCUGGAACAGCUGAACGAUCGUAACGUGAAGAGCGAGCACGUUUUCCGCCAGAUCGAAGAGGUGAUGCGCAGCAAGGGCUAUGUGAAAAAGUCCAGCAUACAGAUCUGGACCAAGUGGAAGUUCCUCAAGUCCACAUACAACACGACAACGCGGCACGGCAAUGGCAUACCGAAAGUGGUGCCGGAGGAGGUUUACCGCGUGCUCUGCCGCAUGCUGCGCGAGCAUGCGAGUGUCUGUGGCAGUAUCAGUGGCAUAAGCAGUGAAUGCGGCAACUCCAGGGAUAGCUACAAUGCAGAGCUUGGUAGGAUAUUGCCCAAUAAUGAUGAUGGCGGCAAAGAGGAGCUGGGCGUGGAGCAUCCCAUAUUUGGUUUUCGCUUGGGACUGGUCAAGCCGGAGCCGCUGGAUACGGGCUACGAGACGACGGUAAACCAUGCCAACUCAAGCGAGCAGGAGUUGGAAUCCGUGAACUUUGUACAAAUGGAUGACCAGACGCAGUCAUUGGAGCACACGCCUUUCAUGAUGAAUGUGAAGCACGAACCUGAAAUGGAUUUGGGCAUGGAUAGCACCAAUACGCCACCGCCUACGGCGCCAACUUCGCCCUCGCCGCCGCCAACUAGCCAGGAACAGCGAGAUCUGGGUGAUAAGUCACCAUUAUAUCCAACCAAGUCACAGUCGGUAUCAAUGCCGCCGCUACGCGUUGCCGCCUUUGCAAAUGAUGCACAGCGUCAGGCCACGUCGACGCCUACGCAUGGCAUUCUCCAAAUCGAACGACCUGUAGCUCCACUCGGCAAAUCCAUUCAAAAUGGUGGUCCUGGUCGGGGCAAUCGCACCAUGCCGCUGCACAGCACUAGCAGCAUUAAUUUCGUGCAUCCCACCAGCAAAUUGAUGCUGCCCCGCAAGCAGCUGCCAAUGCGCAUUCCCCGGGAGAUAAGUGUGCAGCCAGCGAAUACGCGACCGCUUAAGCCUGUGCCUAUGCGCGAGACGGGCUAUUCGUUGCGUCCGGAUCGCAUGAUACCCGAUCUGGAGCAGUCUAUAUCGCCGCCACAAUCGCCUUCGCCGCCUAUGCACAGCCAGCUAGUACCGAAAUAUAACAAUCCAUAUGCCUCAACCAGCCGACAGGCGCAGCUGCUUAGCGAACAGCAACAGCAACAGCCACUGCGCAAGCGACGUCUGCAAUUUCCUCAACAAACAACGCCUGUGCCCGUCAAGCUUCAGCGAAGCUCCACGAUCUUUGAGAACAACAAGCAGCAUGGCAGUUUUCAGAGUGAAGAUGAGUCCGCGGCGGAGGAACACAAAACCAAACUGCUCGCCGAGGAGGCGAAGCGCCGCAAGGAGCAGCAGGACGAGGUAUUCAAAAAGGAGCUUACCCAGCUGGCCAGUGCUGUGCGGCAGGCGCAAAAAGAGAUGCUUCAAAAUUUCUUUCAGCAGCAAAAGCAGUUCGCGCGUCGUGAACACGAGUUCCAGCUGAAGCAGGACAAUUUGGUGAUGAGUGCAUUGCGCAAACAGACGGAUGCUUUGCUGCGCACAGCCAAACAACUAAUGCAGUCCGAGGAGGAGGAGGAGGAGGUAGCAGAGUGCCCGUUGGCCUCUAAAACAGAACAGCAGCAGCAGCAAACAGAGGACAGAUCAAGCAACAUUCUGUUGCUGCAGCCUGAAAUAGAGCUGCAGGAGGAGUUCCGAAAGCAUGAGGAUGCGGAAACGUUGCAAAUUCAAGAUCAUGAUCAUGGCCAUGACAAUGUUAGGGAUCAUGAUCAAGACCAUGGAUGCGUCCAGGCUCAUGAACAGUUCGAGGAGGAAGCACAAUACAGCAACGAGGAAAACCAGAGCGAAGCUGCUAUGGAGUCGUCCAUGUCCGCUGACAGCGAAGAUGCCGGCAGCGAGGAUGCCUCAAGUCAGAGCGCCAGCCCGAGCGAAGCACAAAUAUGUUAAAAUAUUACCCCUAGAAUCAAGUAUUAUCACAAGAAGUCUACAAUUUUGUUAUUCCUAAUGCCUGAAACAUUUAACAUUCCAAAAUACAUUCCUUAAUUUUGAAAAAAAUACGUAAUUAUGUAAAUAUAAAAUAUAAAAUAUAUAUAUGUAUACAUAUUCCUAGAGCAAAGCCCACAUUGUUAAAAGACUUGAUUAUAUUUAAGCAUUAAGAAAUGUAAAAAAUGAUAAAUAAAAUGUAUUUAUUGUUCUAGUACUCCCAAUGGGACAUAUCGCGAUUGCUUGUGCUUGAAACAUCAAAAUAUACGCAUACAAAGUGAUAUUUAAGGAAUAUCGAAAUGGAAUCAGAGAGGGA